AUGGCUGAGGGGCUUGUCGAGCUCGCUCGCCGCUUGACCACCAGGUCUCACGGCGCUCCUGGCACCCUCUUCCCCGUUCCUGCUGAAGGCCCUCUCAAUCCUGCCGGCCCUAAUUUCAAUGCUCGCAAGUGGGCUCGAGCCUUCUACGACAUCCGCACUGAUACCUCCGAGGGAACACCACCAAAGACGACUGGCAUCGCCUUUACGAACCUCAACAAGACGGUGGGAAACGUGUUUCUAGAAGGCUUCAACUCGAUCAGGGGGUUGUUCAGCAAGAAGCAGCAGCGUAUUGAUAUCCUCCAGGAUUUGGAGGGUGUUGUCCACAGCGGCGAGAUGCUUGCGGUUCUGGGACCCCCGGGAUCUGGUUGCUCCACGCUGCUGCGAACUAUCGCCGGUGACACUCACGGAUUCUAUGGCAUUCGACCUAGCGAGAUGAGAACCGCCUUCCGUGGCGAGGCAAUCUACACGGCCGAGGUCGACAACCAUUUCCCUCACCUGACGGUUGGCGACACCCUGUACUUUGCCGCCCGCGCUCGCUGCCCCAAGAACAUCCCUGAGGGGAUCACCAGAAGGGAAUACGCUGAACACCUUCGCGAUGUCACUAUGGCCAUGUUUGGUAUUUCGCAUACGAAGAACACCCGAGUUGGCGAUGACUUCAUCCGAGGUGUCAGCGGCGGAGAACGAAAGCGUGUCACUAUCGCAGAGGCCGCUCUAAGCUAUUCUCCUCUCCAGUGCUGGGACAACAGUACCCGAGGUCUCGACAGCGCCAACGCUCUUGAAUUCUGCCGAACUUUGAGAACUCAAGCCGAUACCAUGGGCUGCACGUCUUGCGUUGCCAUCUACCAGGCUUCGCAGGACGCCUACGAUGUGUUUGACAAAGUCAUUGUGCUGUUCGAAGGCCGUCAAAUUUUCUUUGGAAAGACCACCGAAGCGAGGGCCUAUUUCGAAAACCUUGGAUUUAUCUGCCCUGAUCAACAGACCACGGCCGAUUUCCUGACCUCUAUGACCAGCCACCAGGAGCGUGUUAUCCGACCUGGUUGGGAGGGCAAGACUCCUCGCAGCCCUGAUGAGUUUGCUCAAGCCUGGAAGGCCAGCCAGACUCGCGCCAGCUUGAUGAAUGAUAUCAGCGAAUAUGUGGAGCGUCAUCCCUUUGGAGGAGAGCACUAUGACCGUUUCCUUCAGUCCCACAAGAUCAACCAAUCCGACAUGCAGCGCUCCAAGUCGCCCUUCACGCUCUCCUACAUCGAGCAGAUGAAGUUGACGCUUUGGCGAAGUUGGGUCCUUCUGAAAGGCGAUCCAUCAAUCACAGCCACCAUGUUAAUCACCAACGUCUUCGAAGCUCUCAUCAUCUCCAGUCUCUUCUACAACCUGCCGGCCAACACGUCCAGUUUCUUCCGCCGCGGUAUCCUACUGUUCUUCAUCGUCAUCAUCAACGCCUUUGGCAGUAUCCUUGAGAUCCUCACUCUAUAUUCAAAGCGAAAGAUUGUCGAAAAGCAUGCUCGAUACGCUCUUUAUCAUCCCAGUGCAGAAGCUCUCUCAGCUAUGGUUAUGGAUUUGCCAUAUAAGAUCAUUAAUACGAUCCUGCUCAACACCAUCUUAUAUUUCAUGGGCCAUCUUCGCCGUGAACCGGGCGCUUUCUUCUUCUUCCUUCUGAUCAGCUUCACAAUGACAUUGACCAUGUCUAUGAUGUUCCGACUUAUUGGAUCUGUCACCAAGUCUGUCUCCCAAGCCCUUGCCCCAGCCUCGAUUAUCCUCCUCGCCAUUGCUCUAUAUACUGGGUUUGCGAUCCCUCCGCAGUAUAUGAAGGACUGGAUUGGUUGGAUCCGCUGGAUCAACCCGGUUUUCUACGGUCUUGAAAGUUUGAUCCUCAACGAGUUCAAUGGACGCAACUUCACUUGCUCGACCUUUGUGCCCAGCGGCCCGAACUACGACUCUAUUCGCGGUCUUGAGAGAGCCUGCAGUACGGUAGGAUCAGUCCCCGGCCAGGACUUUGUUAGCGGCACUGACUAUGUGCGACUCUCAUAUGGAUUUAUCAACUCCCACCGCUGGCGCAACCUUGGUGUCAUGAUCGCUUUCAUGAUCCUCUUCAUGAGUCUGCACCUUGUGGCCACUGAGUAUAUCGCUUCCGAACGUUCCAAGGGUGAGGUUUUAGUUUUCACACGCAAGGGCUUGAAGAACCCGCGCAAGAAUGAUUCCGAAACUGCCAGUGGCAACCGACACGUGCAGGCUAGCAGCAAUGAUUCAGGCGACUCAUCCGACGUGGCGAAACAGACAUCAAUCUUCCACUGGAAGGAUGUUUGCUACGAGGUCAAGAUUAAGAGCGAGACUAGAAAGAUUCUGGAUCAUGUCGAUGGAUGGGUUAAGCCUGGAACUCUGACAGCUCUGAUGGGUGUUUCCGGAGCCGGCAAAACGACACUUCUCGAUGUGCUUGCUACUCGUGUUACCAUGGGUGUUGUUUCUGGAGACAUGCUUGUCGAUGGCAAGCUCCGUGACGAAUCUUUCCAGCGCAAGACCGGAUAUGUCCAGCAACAGGAUCUUCAUCUGCACACCUCGACCGUCCGCGAAGCCCUUACCUUCAGUGCUGUUCUCCGACAGCCCUCACACUAUACCCGACAAGAAAAGAUUGCCUACGUUGAUACCGUUAUCAGUCUCUUGAACAUGGAAGAAUACUCGGAAGCUCUUAUCGGUGUCCCCGGAGAAGGUCUCAACGUUGAGCAGCGUAAGCGCCUGACCAUCGGCGUUGAGCUCGCCGCCCGCCCCCAGCUUCUUCUAUUCCUUGACGAGCCUACUUCUGGUCUUGAUAGUCAAACCUCUUGGUCUAUCUGCAACUUGCUCGAGAAGCUUACCAAGAGCGGCCAAGCUAUCCUCUGUACCAUCCAUCAGCCCUCUGCCAUGCUCUUCCAACGAUUCGACCGUCUAUUGCUCCUCGCCAGGGGCGGCCGCACUGUCUACUUUGGAGAGAUUGGAAAGAACGCAAAGGUUCUGGUCGACUAUUUCGUUCGAAAUGGUGCUGCCAAGCUACCUACCGGCGCGAACCCCGCUGAGUACAUGUUGGAAGUCAUUGGAGCUGCUCCAGGUGCCCAUACCGAGAUUGACUGGCCUGUCGUGUGGCGCCAGAGCCAGGAGUAUCAGGGUGUUCAGCAAGAGCUGGCUAGAUUGAACGCUGGCGGGAAUGCUGAAACUCAACAGACACAUGAUAACGCAACCUACUCGGAGUUUGCCGCCGGAAUGAACACUCAAUUCUUUGAGGUGACCAAGCGAGUGUUUCAGCAGUACUGGCGCAACCCGGCGUACAUCUACUCCAAGGCGGUCCUGUCUUUCGGCGCGGCUCUAUUUAUCGGACUCUCUUUCUUGAACGCGGAGAACACUCAGCGAGGUCUUCAGAACCAGAUGUUUGGCGUGUUCAUCUUCCUUACGGUUUUCUCUCAAGUUGUAGAGCAGAUCAUGCCCAACUUUGUCCAACAGCGCACUCUAUACGAAGCCCGUGAGCGCCCUUCCAAGGCAUACUCAUGGAUGGCGUUUAUGGUUGCCAAUAUUUCGGUUGAGAUUGCCUGGAACUCGCUGAUGUCUGUUCUCUGUUUUGUCUGCUGGUACUUCCCCAUCGGCCUUUACCGCAAUGCUGAAUUUACGGAUGCUGCCAACUCACGUGGCAUUACCAUGUUCCUCCACGUCUGGGCUUUCUUCAUCUUCACUAGCACUUUUGCGACCAUGGCUAUUGCCAGUCUUGAAAGCGUUGAUAUUGCCAGCGGAAUUGUCAAUCUUAUUUCCAUUAUGAUGUUUGCUUUCUGCGGUAUUCUUGCGGGUCCUGGCGAUCUCCCCGGCUUUUGGAUUUUCAUGUACAGGGUCAACCCUUUCACAUACGUCGUGGAAGGCUUCUUGGGCACGUCUCUUGCGAACGCGCCUAUGGCCUGUGCCCCCAAGGAAUUUGUUAAGUUCGAGGCUCCGAGCGGCAGCACUUGCGGCGAGUACCUGGCAACAUUCCUGGAUAUAACAGGCGGGUACCUCACGGACAACAACACAAGCUCUUGCGAGUACUGCGCCAUGUCCCAGACUAACACGUUCUUGUCGGCUAUCCAUGUCAACUUCGCGAACCGCUGGCGCAACUUCGGAUUUAUGUGGGUGUACAUUAUCUUCAACAUUGCAGCUGCGCUGGGCUUGUACUGGCUGGUUCGUGUUCCCAAGAACAAGUUCAAGAAGCAGUAGACCCAAGGUAGUAAACGCAAUGUGCUAGAGAAUGGGUCCUCGGGAAAAAAGGACGAGCGGGGUGGAGAAGGGAUGAAUAUUAAUAGACGCUAGAGAUAAGUUGCAUCAUAGACAAGUAACGGAGGAGUUGGUCGAUAGAAUUUUGCAUGAUCCUGCAAUCCGAGAAGCCCUGGAAACAAUGAUCUGAAAAGCCUGAACGAGCACACCUGGUGUGUUAGACAGAGAUUCAUGGGUGGAACUGAUGGAAUAUGGAUAUUGGAGCUACAGUGGGAUAUAAAGACAGAGCCGGACACUUUCUUUCGAAGGGUAUCAGAUCCCAAAUUUUCUAUGUCAACUUCCAGAGUUACAGAGUUG